AUGUAUAAAAUGGAAUAUUCCUACCUCAAUUCCUCCGCCUACGAGUCGUGCAUGGCCGGCAUGGAUACGUCCAGCUUGGCCUCGGCUUACGCGGAUUUCAGCUCCUGCAGCCAAGCCAGCGGCUUCCAGUAUAACCCCAUCAGGACCACGUUCGGGGCCACCUCGGGCUGCCCGUCCCUCACGCCCGGAUCCUGCAGCCUGGGCACUCUUAGGGACCACCAGAGCAGCCCCUACGCGGCAGUCCCCUACAAACUCUUCACCGACCACGGCGGCCUGAACGAGAAGCGGAAGCAGCGAAGGAUUCGCACCACAUUCACCAGCGCCCAGUUGAAGGAACUGGAGAGGGUCUUCGCCGAAACCCACUACCCAGAUAUCUACACCCGUGAGGAGCUGGCCUUGAAGAUCGACCUCACCGAAGCCCGAGUACAGGUCUGGUUCCAGAACCGGCGGGCCAAAUUUCGCAAGCAGGAACGGGCGGCGGCGGCGGCAGCGGCGGCGGCCAAGAACGGCUCGUCCGGCAAGAAAUCCGACCCGUCCCGGGACGAUGAGAGCAAAGAAGCCAAGAGCACCGACCCGGACAGUACCGGCGGCCCGGGACCCAACCCCAACCCGGCGCCCAGCUGCGGAGGCGGCGGGCCCAGCCCUGCCGGGGCUCAAGGCAGCGCCGGAGCCGUUGGGCCCGGGUCGGAAGGGAACAAGGGCGCGGCGCCCCCCGGCUUGGCCGCAGCGGGUCCCGGGCAGGGCUGGGCUGGGGGUCCGGGCUCCAUCGCUUCCAUCCCGGAUUCCUUAGGCGGGCCCUUCGCCAGCGUCCUCUCCUCUUUGCAGAGACCCAACGGCGCCAAAGGCACUUUGGUGAAGGGCGGCAUGUUUUGA